AUGGCUGAGGCCCACGCCCUGGACCUGCCGGCCGUGAUCCUCGACAACGGCUCCGGGCUCUGCAAGGCCGGGCUGUCGGGCGAGAUCGGGCCGCGCCACGUGGUGAGCUCCGUCGUGGGCGCCCCCCGCUUCAAGAUGCCCGUGGCCGGCGCCAACCAGAAGGCGUCCUUCGUGGGCGACGAGGCGCUGCAGAAGGCCGAGGCCCUGCAGCUGUGCUGGCCCAUCGAGCGCGGCCUGGUCACGCACUGGGACGAGGCCGAGAAACUCUGGCGCCACCUGUUCGAGUGGGAGCUGGGCGUGAAGGCCACCGAGCGGGCCGUGCUCAUGACCGAGACCUCGCUGAACCCCCGGGAGACUCGGGAGAAGACGGCCGAGGUGAUGUUUGAGGGCUUCUGCGUGCCCGCCUUCUACCUGUCCGACCAGGCCGUGCUGGCGCUGUACGCAUCCGCCUGCGUCACUGGGCUGGUGGUGGACAGCGGGGACGGGGUGACCAGCGCCGUGCCCAUCUUCGAGGGCUACUCCCUGCCCCACGCCGUCACCAAGCUCCACGUGGCCGGCAGGGACAUCACGGAGCGGCUGGGCCGGCUGCUGCUGGCCGGCGGGCGGUCCUUCCCGUGCCCGCUGGACAAGGCGCUGCUGGACGACCUGAAGGAGAAGCUGUGCUACGUGGCGCUGCAGCCUGAGCGGGAGCUGGCGCGGCGGCCUGAGGAGGUGGCGCGCGAGUACAAGCUGCCCGACGGGCGGCUGGUGAGCGUGGGCGACCAGCUCUUCCAGGCGCCCGAGGGGCUGUUCGCGCCCGAGCAGCUGGGCCUGCAGAGCCCGGGGCUGCCCCGCAUGGUGUCCGGCAGCAUCGCCAAGUGCGACGCCGACAUCCAGAAGACGCUGUUCGGGGAGAUCGUGCUGUCGGGCGGCUCCACGCUGUUCCAGGGCCUGGACGACCGGCUCCUGCGGGAGCUGGAGCAGCUGGCGUCCAAGGGCACCCCCAUCAAGAUCACGGCGCCCCCCGACCGCUGGUUCUCCACCUGGAUCGGCGCGUCCAUCGUCACCUCCCUGAGCAGCUUCAGGCAGAUGUGGGUCACGGCCGCCGACUUCCGGGAGUUCGGCAGCGCCGUGGUGCAGAGGCGGUGCUUCUAG